UAAAAUAUUUGGGUAAAUAUUUAUCGUUUUUUCCAGCGCGAUAUUAUCUUUAAAUGCAUCAAGGACAGUGCAGUGAAAUUGAGUAUUACCAAUUACGUCUGAAUAGUCGAUUUUAAUGCCGCUCUAUAUCGGGUGCUGUAUUAACUAGUGGCAUGUAAAAUGUACUACUAAUAUUGCAAAUAACCAUAGAGAACUUUCUGAUUUAAUUUUAUAGCAAAGAAAAUGAUUUUUACGAUUUUUAUCUUGAAAAAAAAUCUUCCAAUGGCAACUUAGUGAAGAUAAAAGAAAAGAAAAAAUUAGAUAUACUGAGUGAAACAAAGGCGAAAUAGUUGAGGAAAAGUAUGGUUAUACAAAUCAUACGAGGAAGAUUAAAACGUCGAAAACGAAGACAAACCUACGCAGCAGUCAACGGAGACGAUCAAGCUGCAAAUCCUGCACUGAAUUCGAUUCUAGCUCAAAUAAACUAAUAUUGCGUCUGGCAGGUUUCCUGGAACGUGCACCUAUUUAAAAUAGCAAGUAAACAGAUUUAUUAAGAUGGAUGUGACAAAGUUAUUCUCUGAUCUAGAGUCGAAUAAUCUCGCUUUGGCGGAUGAUUCCAAGAAACGCUUCUCCGAACUGUUUACCACAUCACGUGAAUCCUGGUUGUCGCACAGCAUGAUGGACUACUUUGGACAAACUUCGUCGGUCCGAAUUGUUGACAUUCUUGUAAAAGUGCAGCAACCGCAUGAUAAGUUUAUUUUGGACAAAUUAGCCGAGUGGAUACGAAGUGGAUCGAACAAAAUGCUUGCAUUAACUCUCUUCGGACACAUAAUUCAGAAAAGACCUUCCUGGCUGUGCAAGGUGGGUAGCCAUCAGCUAGUCAAAGAGAUGCUCAAGCUAUCUAAGAUGGAGAAAGAAAUAAUUCCGCUAAUCAACGCUGUAUUGUGUAUUAUCAACCUGUUGCCGGUUAUUCCUUUAGUAAUGGGUGGCUAUAUUCAAGAUUUGUUCGAAAUUUUCAACUAUUUGGCUACUUUUGAUAGGAAUACCUCGGUCAAUUUACCAGAAGAUCAGUUAAUUCAUCUGCAGUUUGGGCUAUACGAAUUGUUUAACCGAUUAUACGGUAUGUAUCCGUGUAAUUUUGUAACUUUUCUGAAAAGAGAAUAUCGUGGCGAAAAGCAAGCCAUUUUUCAACACACGAUUAAGCCUCUGCUGGACACCGUUAAAAUUCAUCCUCGCUUAGUGUCAUCCGAUCAAGAUAGUGAAAUUAGCCAAGUCCGUUGGAAAAACAUGGAACCACACGAUGUGGUUAACGAAUGUGCUCGAAUGUCGCUGGACUAUCUGGACAAACCGCAGGAGUCCCAGCAAAUUGCUGGUAAUGAAUGCCCUUGCUAUAGCACGCCUAUCAAACCGGCUGAAUUUAAUGCCGUUACAACUAUAGAUUUCCAAUGGAAAGCAAGCGUAAACUACUUCAAUACUAUAUCUACAGACCAAAAACUAAGCACAAUUGCUGCGCAAAAUUCGUUUUGGUCGCCAAGCAACAUGAUGCAACCGACUCCGCCGCCGGGACCCGCAACAGUUCCACACACUCCAAAUCCCACUCCGAGCUACACAAUUCCCUCCAUAUCGGGACCACAGCUACCAGCUGCAGACGGCGCUUCUCCACCGGAAGCAGCAGUAGAAGCAACACCUGAAACAACUCCUAUGAAGGAUAUUGUGAAACCGGUUCGACCGUAUCCGGUAAAUUCAACGGCGGUACGAGCAAUGUGGAACACCAGCCAGCCAUCCUCACCAAUCAAAAAGGAAGCAAGUCAUUUUAGCUAUGAAAAAAGUGUUAUUACAUCUCAAAAAUUGUUGCGAAUGGUGAAUGAUCGGAAUCACUCGGUGCUACAGAUGCCGGCCAAUCCUGCCAUUAAUACUACAACUGCUACAUCAACAACGAGCAACAGCGUACCGUCAAGCCCGCUACCAGUGGAUCAACCUGCAUUCGAAAUCACUCGACUAACACAUUUAGUGUCGAAUGUAAAACUGUCUUCGGGGGAAACGACAAGAUUUGAUUCACCUACCAUUAGCCAGCCCGAUUGUACGCAAGAGGAUCAGGAGGUACACGAGAUAAACAGCCAACAUUUGUUGCACGAACUUUCACCGAUGCCUCUGCUUCCGACCAAAGUUGUACCACAUCAACUGCACUCAGUGCAUCCAAUGAAGGAAGCUUUCGAUGUGGAAGAUUUUGAACAAGAGGAAGGAUCACCUUGUUCCGCUGGUGGACUGCAUUUUAAAAAUUCUCAGUCGAUGAUCAAUUUCACCAGACAUCGUUAUCGGAUGCACAGUCAAUGUGUAGUCGACUCCGACCCCAGCUAUAGUACUGGAACGUCUCCUGCCGAUACGAGUAGUUAUAUGCUGAAGAACGGUUCAGGGAUUUCCACAGCACGUGGUUCCAAUGGCGGAGUAACGAAAAAACAUCAGCGGCGACAUUCUCUACCUGAUUUGAAAAAAUACAGUUUAAGAGUAGAUCCAAAAACAUUGGCUGGCGAACGACUGGAUCCUACACUAGUUGAGACCAACGGAGAUAGUAGUAGCGGAAGCAGCCCUUCUGAGGAGGAGGCUAUUUCAGCUGCAACUCAUUUCCACAAGAAACAAGAGCAAAAGACUGAAGAACAUAUUCGUAGGAAUCUGGAAUUAUUCCAAGAAAUACGUAAAAAUCUGACCAAUGUGGGUAGCUGUCAUCGGGCUGGACAAAAUGGAAUACCGGCAUCUUCACUUAUAAGUAGUUCUACGCAGACAAUUGAAAGCUAUCCGCAGCCUUACGAACAAAUUGUUUAUGGGAUUUUGCAAGAAGAGAUGAAAUACAAAUCAGAUAUUGUCAUGAAGCGUCUGCAAGAGCGGUGUGACAGUGACAGUAAGCCCGACCCUAACUUAAUGCUUGAUAAGUACAUAGAACUUUGCGUGAAAAAACGUCUGGCAAAUGGCGAUCCUAGAAAAACGGAUGAACUCUACCGAGACCAUAUCACAUUAUUGACUUUGCAACUGCAGUACGAGAAGCACCGACGUGAAAUUCAUGCUGAGCGUAACAGGCGGUUAUUGGGGAAAAGUAGAGUCAUACGCGGAUUAGAGCAAAACAAUGAUACACUAAAGGAUCAGGUCUCGAGACUAACCAAAGAGAUUAGUUCACUAAAUUUAGAACUGGCAGAACUAAGACGAAAAACUAAUGCAGAUUGGAAUAAAAGUUCGUCGGAAGUGAUUGAACUGAAAGAACGUUAUGUUGUUGAGGUUAAAAAGAGCCAAGAUCUGCAAACCCAAAUCAAGGAAUUAGAAAAUGCUCUAAUAGAAGAAACUCGAGCACAUAAGGAUCAGUCGAUGGCCGUCGAACAAGCUCGUGGAGAGUUGUUUGAUUUGCGGAAUGAAAUGCAGCAAGCAUUGCAAAAAGCUGAUCUAGGGCAGCAGUACAGGGACGAAUUGACAAGACUUCAAUGUGAGCUUAUUCUGAUGGGUGAAAUACAACUCAAAUGCAAAGAACGGCUUGGGCACUUGGAUAAUUUUAAAGCACGAGACGUCGAGAAUGCGAUGAUUCAGGAAACAUAUCUAGAGGAAGUUAAAGAUCUAAAUUUUAGUCUAGAAAUGAAAUCCGCUCAGCUGGACUCGGCUAAAGAACGAUUAAUAGAGCUCGAACAACAGCUGGUCAAACGAGACGAAACGAUCGCUUUACAGAAGCGUAUGCUUAAGACAGUCAAAGAGGAGCAUAAGGAGCAGUUUAAUGCCCUUGAACGUAAAUACCAAGCACAAAAAGCUAUCGUGAUCAAAAUGGAGGAAGCCAUUCUGGAAUCACGCGUUAGCACUGCUGUGCGCUCUCCCGAUUCCGAUCGGACAGAUGCAGUUGGAUCCCUUGAUCACACGUCUCCACUAUCGAUAUCAUUAGCCUCGAGUGAGGGUCUGUCAGAAAUCAAAAAUCUUGCAUUGGUGGUGCAAUCAGGUAGUGGUUGUGGAAAUUUGAGCAAUCUUGAUUUAGAUUCCAACCAACCGACGCCGUUGGGAGGUUCCCAUCCCCAAAUGGAUAAAGAUAUUACGGGAGCAAUCGGAUUGGUGGUAACGGGUAGACCUCCGUUGUCAUCUGGAAAUCUAAUAGACGACACUGUAAUUCCUGGGCCAAGCCAACGGCUGUAAGCCAUAAUUUCGCUUCAUCCCCGUCUCUGUAUUCCAUGUUUCGUUCCUGGUUACCCCUUGAUAUCAGCUUUACUUUUACUGAUAAGUUGUUUUCCUUUCUCGUUACUAAAACGUUCUCGAAGAACAUUCAAAUUUGCAUGUAUGCCAGCGGAUUAACACAAUAUACUAUUGUUUAUUAUGUUGUUGAAAAAGGCUGUUUUCAAGCCGUUGAUCACCGUUGAUCAAAAGGAACAAAAAUUUUAGUCGAUUGGCCUUCAAGGUUAAAUUUAAAUAAAAAAACUGUAAAGAGAUUUACUAAGAAAGAAGGAAAAAUAUAAAGGA